UAAGGUAGGUUGGAAUCAACGAUUCGAAACUUCUGUUAAAAUUUCUUGCAGCUUUAGCAGUACCAGCAGCUUCAGCAUCUACAUCAACAUUAGCAGUACUAGCAGCUUUAACAACUACAUCAUCAUUUACUCAUUUGAUAUUAAAACAAUGGAGUUCCAAAAAGUCAACGCCAUUGGUCGUAUGGAGAGCUUUCUACCAACGAAGCCACUUUCUGAGUUGACUGUUAAUGAGUCAUACAAUGUAACUAAAAUAAACAAGGUGCAGACGAAAUAUGGUUCUAGGAUUGUAGUAGACCUGGAUGCUGCAUUUACCACUUUUCUGCCGGCAAGGUUCGCAAAACUAUUUGAAGCUGACCCUACCUCCUUCACAAUGAUGGAAGAAGCCGUGCAAUCGGAAAAGUUGCGAUUAAAAUAUAUUGGUGGCAAAUUUAAUGUUAUUGAAUUUGAAUAA